CUCGCGUUGCUGUUUGCGGCAGCGCUCGGCGGGGCGGUUGGGUGCGCGCGGUUGCCAGGGUCGCUUUACGGCCCGGCGAUGGCGGAGGGAGAGCGGGCGGAGCAGAACGGCGGCCUCGGGCGGCCCCCCCGGGAGGGGGAGGCGGGGGCGCUGGAGCGGGCGGAGGCCCUCAAGAGCCAGGCCAACGAGUACUUCAAAGGCAAGGACUACGAGAACGCUGUGAAGUAUUACAGCGAGGCCAUCGACCUGAACCCCUCCAAUGCCAUCUACUACGGCAACCGCAGCCUGGCCUACCUGCGGACAGAGUGCUAUGGCUACGCGCUCUCCGACGCCACCAAGGCCAUCGAGCUGGACAAGAAGUACAUCAAAGGCUACUAUCGGCGGGCGACCAGCAACAUGGCCCUGGGCAAGUUCAAGGCCGCCCUGCGUGACUAUGAGACGGUGGUGAAGGUGAAGCCAAACGACAAAGACGCCAAGAUGAAGUAUCAGGAGUGCAACAAGAUCGUGAAGCAGAAGGCAUUUGAGCGCGCCAUUGCCAGCGACGAGCACAAGCGAUCUGUGGUCGACUCCCUGGACAUAGAGAGCAUGACCAUCGAGGACGAGUACAGUGGCCCCAAGUUGGACAACGGGAAGGUGACGCUAGCGUUCAUGAAGGAGUUAAUGCAGUGGUACAAGGAUCAAAAGAAACUCCACAGAAAAUGUGCCUAUCAGAUCUUGGUGCAGGUGAAGGAGGUGCUUGUCAAACUUCCCACACUAGUAGAAACCACGUUAAAAGAGACAGAGAAGGUCACCGUGUGUGGAGACACCCACGGGCAGUAUUACGACUUGCUGAAUAUAUUUGAACUGAAUGGGCUGCCGUCUGAAACGAACCCAUAUAUAUUCAAUGGGGAUUUCGUUGACCGUGGCUCCUUCUCCGUGGAAGUGAUAUUAACGCUGUUCGGUUUUAAGCUGCUGUAUCCGGAUCAUUUCCACUUACUCCGUGGGAAUCACGAGACGGACAACAUGAACCAGAUCUACGGGUUUGAGGGGGAGGUGAAAGCCAAAUACACAGCCCAGAUGUUUGCGCUUUUCAGCGAGGUCUUUGAGUGGCUGCCCCUGGCGCAAUGCAUCAAUGGCAAAGUGUUGAUAAUGCACGGCGGGCUCUUCAGCGAAGAUGGGGUCACGUUGGAUGACAUCCGGAAGAUCGAGAGGAAUCGUCAGCCUCCGGAUUCAGGUCCCAUGUGCGACUUGCUCUGGUCCGACCCGCAGCCUCAGAACGGCCGGUCGGUCAGCAAGCGCGGCGUGAGCUGUCAGUUCGGGCCCGACGUCACCAAAAGCUUCCUGGAGCGGAACCAGCUCGAUUACAUCAUCCGGAGCCACGAGGUCAAGCCCGAGGGCUACGAGGUGACGCACGAGGGCAAGUGCAUCACCGUCUUCUCGGCACCCAACUACUGCGACCAGAUGGGGAAUAAAGGUUCAUACAUCCACCUGCGGGGGUCGGACCUGCGCCCCGAAUUCCACCAGUUCACAGCCGUGCCUCACCCGAACGUCAAACCGAUGGCCUACGCCAACACUCUCCUCCAGCUGGGGAUGAUGUAACCUCCCCGGUCACCACCGCCCCCGCCUGGAGGCCCCCCAUGCUAGGCAGAGACGGCCCCUCGGCCUUUUUACUUUCUUCUGCCAUCAGCCCAGGCUGCCCAGGCGCCGGAGCGUCCAUCACGAGGGCGGGGCGGGGGGGUUGCCGUGGUUCUCUUCCCCCCACGCCGAGCCCAUUUGUAGUGUUGCCGUGAGCUGGCGCCGCACAGCCGAGAGGCAGGAGUAUUUUUUUUUAAUAUAUUGGAAAGAUUGUAUUUAUUCCCAGGGCUCGCUCAGACUCCGGCCUGGAGCAGAGAGGCCGCUGGACCUAAGCCGGCUCUGUCUGCGGCCCGAUCUCUCCCGGCAGACGGUAUUGGCUUGCAGGGUGGAGCACGGAGGCCUCCCCUCCCUUCCCCAAGUGCUCUGGCUUUGAGGCGUGUCUCUGACGGGUGGUCUUUGGGCUUGGGGGUUUCAGGAGAGGCGAGGGGGCUAGGUGGGCUCAGAGGUUAGGAUCAGGGGACGAGCAGCAGCAAGGUGUCGGCGUGGGGGGGUCCCAUCCAUAGUCAUCCUCUCCCUCUGCAUCAGAAACCCAGGGUGGACAGGCAGGGCUCUACUUUCACCAGCUUCGGAGGCACUCACUGGCUCAGCUCGGGGGGGGGGGGGGUGAGAGCUCGGCCCAGUAGGGAUCAAAGAUCACAUCCUUGGAGGCAGUCUGUGCUCGGUGGAUCUGGGCCCGGGAUCCCCAGCUGCCAGUCUGACAAGAGCUCUCUAAUACUAAGACCUGGGCCCUGGGACCCCUGGUUGCUGGGAUCUGGGUCCCGGGACCCCUGGCUAUCAGUCUCACAGGACCUCUCUAAUACUGAUAUCUGGGGCUGGAACCCCUGGCUGCUGGGAUCUGAGUCCCAGGACCCCCAGCUGCCAGUCUGACGAGGUCUCUAAUACCGAGACCUGGGCUCCGGGACCCCUGGUUGCUGGGAUCUGGGCCCCGGGACCCCUGGCUGCUGAUUGCUGUUAUCUGGGGCCGGAACCCCUGGCUGCUGUGAUCUGGGUCCCAGGACCCCCGGCUGCCAGGAUGAGUCCCAGGACCCACAGCUGCUAGUCUGACGAGGUCUCUAAUACCGAGACCUGAGCCCCGGGACCUCUGGCUGCUGGGAUCUGGGCCCCAGGACCCCUGGCUGCCAGUCUUUCAGGAGCUCUCAAAUACCGGGAUCUGGCUCCCAGGCCCCCUAGUUGCUGGGAUCUGGGCCUGGGAUCCCUGGCUACCAGUCUUACAGGACUUCUCUAAUACUGGGUUCUGGGUCCCAGGACCCCCAGCUGCUGGGAUCUGGAUCCAGGACCCCCAGCUGCCAGUCUCCCAGGAGCGCUCUCACCCCAGAGUGCCCCUCUUCUAGGUCCCGUGUGAGCUCUCUGAUCUGAGGCAUGUAGCUCCCUGCUCCAGAGGACAGGGGCAGCAUACGCCCCUCCCUCCCCGUGAGACAUUCCUCCUCCCCAGGCGUCUGCCUCCAGCCCGCCACAACAAAGAAGUAAGGUUAAGACUGUCAGUUUGUUUAGGAAAAGCCGGGGACGGGUCACAAGCAAUAAACAAAAAUUCUCAGAAGCCUGUGACCUGUCCCUGGCUUUCGCUCAACAGAGCUGUGACAAAAUGCGGCUGACGGGUGGGAUGAGAACCCGAGCCCUGCUGCAGGGGAGGUAAGGGCGGGAGGUCUGUGGCGGGCUGCCUCCCCCCACCAUGGUGGCUCAGAGCUCCAGGGGGCCCCCUGCUGGCUGACAGCUGAAGUCCCACCGCCCAAGGGCUGAAGCAGAAAAUGUCACGGAGGUCUCAGGAAGUCCUGGAACCCGUGCCCUAAUCUUAGCCUUACAAAUAAGCAAUAGGUGUGUGGGUGUUGGGCUGGCAGAGGCCCAGCCUCCAACUCAGGCCGGGAGUGUGUGGGUGUGUGUGUGUGUAGCAGGGGCAGUGGGGGCAGCAGACUGGAUUUCUCGGGGUGCUUUACCUCACUUGCCCACCCCCACCUUUGCCCCCUUCUCUGAGCCUGGGGAGCGUUGGGCAUCUCCUCGAGGAAGAGCGACCGGCCUAUUGUGCCACAUGCAGAUGCGACCAAAGCACUUGGGUGUCGUCGUGCGCACCACCGGAUCCAGGAGCCCGCCCCCCACCGCCACCUCUCGAGCUAUUUUACUGUCUGUAAUUAAAGAUGUUAAAAUAAAGUAAUUAUUAUAAGC